GCAAACCAUCAUGUACAUUACACUCCAAAAACGCUACAUUAGUAUCAACAUACUUUUUUUCAAAUGGAUUGAAUCCCGCGAUAUCUUCCAAGAUUCCAUUAUUCUUAAAACAAACGGAUGAAUUAACAGACAUUCGAUCAGAAUCGAGGGAUUUAUCACUCGGUUCCUGGGAUGGGUUAAAUGGAAUGAUGCAUUUAAAAUAUCAUUAUUCAUCAGUAAAUCAAUUUGCGAAUCAUUUAUCAAAGGAUACAAAUUUAAGCGACGAAGAACACAAGUUAAAAAUCAUUAAAUAUUUAAAAGAGUCUGAAAACUGUAAAACUCUCGCUACUAAUCGAAGAUUUUUCGCGAUAAAAACCACACAUAAAAAAAAUAGACAUACAUUAGAUAAUAACGCUGCAAUUAAUGUUUAUUAA